GAGAAAGUUACACUCACAGCAUUGUUACACCAUUAUAGAAAAAAAAGAAAAGAUGGGCUAUGAGGUCGACUUGGCAUUCAUCCAGCCGUUGGAGCAAAGGCCCAAACUAUCCAUCAAUGAGGCUGAGUCAAUCCCGUUGAUUGAUCUUUCUCCGUUGAAUUCACCGAAUUCCGACGAUCCGAAAGCCAUCGCCGGCCUUGUUGCACAGAUAGGGGCUGCCUGCAGUGAGUGGGGCUUCUUCCAAGUGAUCAACCAUGGUGUGCCAUGGGAUCUAAGACGAAGAGUGGAAUCAGCGUCGAAGAAGUUCUUCGAUUUGCCUCUUGAAGAGAAACGAAAAGUGCAGCGAGAUGAGGUGAAUCCGAUGGGCUACUAUGACACAGAGCAUACUAAGAAUGUGAGGGAUUGGAAAGAGGUGUUUGAUUUCGCGGCCGAAGAUCCAACGUUCAUCCCAGUUUUUAAUAAGCCAGGGGCCCACGAAAUUAAGUUGCCAUCGAAUCAAUGGCCCGAGUACCCUCCAGAAUUCAGAGAAGCUUGCACCGAAUACUCAAGAGGUGUGCAAAAACUCGCAUUUAAGUUGCUUGAGCUCAUCUCAUUGAGCUUAAACUUACCGCGUAAACGGUUGAACGGCUUCUUCGAAGAACAAACUACCUUUCUCCGCCUCAACCAUUACCCUCCAUGUCCUUCGCCACACCUUGCUCUUGGUGUAGGUCGCCACAAGGAUUCCGGUGCCUUGACGGUCCUUGCUCAGGAUGAUGUUGGAGGGCUUGAAGUAAAGCGAAAGAUUGAUGGUGAGUGGAUUAGGGUGAAGCCAGUCCCGGAUUCUUACAUCAUUAACGUUGGGGACAUUAUUCAGGUUUGGAGCAAUGACAAGUACGAAAGCGUGGAGCACAGGGUGGUGGUAAAUGAGGAGCGUGAGAGGUUCUCCAUCCCUCUUUUCUUCAACCCUGCACAAUAUGUGGUGGUGAAGCCAUUGGAGGAGCUGAUAAACGAGGAAAACCCUCCUAAAUUUAAGGAAUAUAGUUGGGGGGACUUCUUUAAGGCCAGGGUGAAUAGUAAUUUCAAGAAGAUGGAUGUUGAGAAUGUUCAGGUGGAUCACUUCAAGAUAUCUGUAUAAUCAAAACCCUAGUGUUCUACGUACUUAUGUUGCAUUGUUAGAAAAUGUUGCUACUAUGAUGUGUAUGAUGAGUAUAUAUGGACUGUUUACUAAGUACAUGUUAUUCUCA